GCACAACGUCUCCGCCUCUGCCGGCGGAGGCCCCGACCCCGACCCGCACCGACCGGAGGCCGGCGGCCGCGCCGCGCCGCGAUGUUCCCCCGGGAGGCCAAGUGGAACAUCUCCUUCGCGGGCUGCGGCUUCCUCGGCGUCUACCACAUCGGGGUGGCCUCCUGCCUCCGCGAGCACGCGCCCUUCCUGGUGGCCAACGCCACGCACAUCUACGGCGCCUCGGCCGGGGCGCUCACGGCCACCGCGCUGGUCACCGGGGCCUGCCUGGGUGAGGCAGGCGCCAAUAUCAUUGAGGUCUCCAAGGAGGCCCGGAAGCGUUUCCUGGGCCCCCUACAUCCUUCCUUCAACCUGGUGAAGACCAUCCGUGGCUGCCUGCUGAAGAUCCUGCCCGCUGAUAGCCACGAGCGUGCCAGUGGACGCCUGGGCAUCUCUCUGACCCGCGUUUCAGAUGGCGAGAAUGUCAUUAUAUCCCAGUUCAACUCUAAAGAGGAGCUGAUCCAGGCCAACGUCUGUAGCACUUUCAUCCCUGUGUACUGUGGCCUCAUUCCUCCCUCCCUCCAAGGGGUGCGCUAUGUGGAUGGCGGCAUUUCGGACAACCUGCCACUUUACGAGCUCAAGAAUACGAUCACAGUGUCUCCUUUCUCGGGCGAGAGUGACAUCUGCCCACAGGACAGCUCCACAAACAUCCAUGAGCUCCGGGUCACAAACACCAGCAUCCAGUUCAACCUGCGCAACCUUUACCGCCUCUCCAAGGCCCUCUUCCCGCCUGAGCCCAUGGUGCUUCGAGAGAUGUGUAAGCAGGGUUACAGAGAUGGCCUGCGCUUCCUGCGGAGGAACGGCCUUCUGAACCAGCCCAACCCCUUGCUGGCACUGCCCCCCAUCCCUCAGCCCAGCCCAGAGGAAGAAGAUGCUGAGGAGGCUGAUGUGGCUGAGGAAAGAGUCCACGUGGAGGGCCGCGUGCAGGCCCCUGGGGAGGAUCACAUCCUGGAGCACCUGCCGGCCAGGCUCAAUGAGGCCCUGCUGGAGGCCUGCGUGGAACCCAAAGACCUGAUGACCACGCUUUCCAACAUGCUGCCCGUGCGUCUGGCCACGGCCAUGAUGGUGCCCUACACGCUGCCACUGGAGAGCGCUGUGUCCUUCACCAUCCGCUUGCUGGAGUGGCUGCCUGACGUUCCAGAAGACAUCCGGUGGAUGAAGGAGCAGACAGGCAGCAUCUGCCAGUACCUGGUGAUGCGCGCCAAGAGGAAGCUGGGCACCCACCUGCCCUCCAGGCUGUCAGAGCAGGCGGAGCUGCGCCGGGCCCAGUCGCUGCCCUCCGUGCCGCUGUCCUGUGCUACGUACAGCGAGGCACUCCCCACCUGGGUGCGCAACAACCUCUCCCUGGGGGAUGCGCUGGCCAAGUGGGAGGAGUGCCAGCGCCAGCUGCUGCUGGGCCUCUUCUGCACCAACGUGGCCUUCCCCCCCGACGCCCUGCGCAUGCGUGAGCCUGCGGGGCCGGCCCCUCAGGACCCGGCCCCCGCGCAGCACCCGCCCGGCCUGCCCCCGUGCUGACGGCCCCUGCGCUGCUCGCGCCCUCUCCAGCCGAGCCCCAGACUGCCCACCAACCACGACCCUCUCCAUACUUCUCUCCGCUCCUCGACAUGGAGUGAGGAGACAGGGCCCCUCACAACUGCAAACAGGGGGCUUUGCUGUGCACCCCUUUUUACCAACCACUCACUUGCUGCACUGAGUGGGGAAGGGGAGAAAUGACCCUCCACUUGGGGCCACAGCGGCUCCGCUCUCACCUGUGCCUUAGUCUCCCACCCACCCCUUCUCAGUGCAGCUACUCUUGAGAACUUCACAUCUCCUUCCCAUUUUCCUUCUGCUCCUCCUUCCCGUUUCAUAUUUUGCUAAAGAAUGUGUGAAAUUUUAUUUAUUUUUGCCAAAGUAGAUAUAAUAAAUGCCGCAGCUUAGCCUCCA